GGAAGUGGAGGUGGAGUAGUCUACUUUCAGGGGUAGUGCGAGGGGGGUUUUCGCCACCAGAGGACGCUACCGGUGGCCAAAAACGGAAACGGCUACGCUCGUUACAAAAACAGACGUGCCACCGCGGAGUUCGACUAGUUUCGUGUCUGCAUUCGGGCGAUUCACUGGUCGGAAUUUUUGGUGCGGGUGGUUGUCUACCUUGAGGCGCGAAAUAAAGUUCGUUCGGUUUGUUUUGCGAAACACGUACCGUUUUCGAUUCUGGAAAAGAUUAUUGGGCUGAAUAAAAAAACAAAGUUUUUUUUGGGGAAAGUUCCGGUCUGUUUGGUCUUUGUUUGUUCGUCCGGCGACGGCGCCUGCAAGUAGGCUAUAAAUCAUAAUGUAAUAAAUUUGUAGCGAAUUUCUUCGUUUAUUCCGGUCGUUUUCGGUUUUUUUUUUGCCGGCGGCCAAACGAAAGUAACUUCCUUGCCUUUCUCCGGUAGAAUACAAAUUCGGGGUCAUCCCUUUAUCCUUGGGGGUAGGAAAAUCGGAACAAAGAAAGUGUUUUUUCUCGAAAAGGGAAACGUCUAAAAACAAAACGCUUCUGCUUAGUCACACACUAAACUUUGUUCGGAAAAAUCAAGAAGCAGAAAAAGAAGCCGAAAUUUCCGCCAUUAAUGUGAUUAAUGAUGUGCGAAGGCGAUUAGUGAAAUUAGGCAAUUCACAGUGGCUUAGUCGAUGAAGGAAGGAGGAAGAGCCAAGUCAGUCGUGAAGAAGCUUAAGAUUGCUUAGCUUUAAUCGCCUGAAUGGCGAUAGCAGCUCAGUGUGAUGAUGAUGGUGCAGAUGGCGCGCUUCGGCUGGAAGAUGGGAUGAAAAUGUGCGUCUGAUGGAAAUGUGUGCGUUUUUUUUCUUCUUUUUUUUGGGAGGAGUGAGGUUGAAAUGUGCUGAGUGAUACCCGAAAUUGGAUCUUUUUCUGCCUCGAAAUAUCCAGAGAAAAAAAGUGAUGAGAAGGGAAAGGUUAAAUGUUAUGGCGUGAAAGUCAUCGAAUGCCAAGGAAGUGAAGAUUGUUUUCAGUGUCACGUCAUCACGACACGACGUUGAGUUUCCGGGUGCGAAGACAAAAUUGUUGUGCUAAAACAAACAACGCGUUGCAGGUGCUGUUGGUAGAUUGAAGAAGAGUGUUUCGAGGUGCUGUGAGCAGUGAGUGACAUCACGGCCCGUCACCACCACCUCCGGCGCCACCGCCCGGGAUGGAGUUUAAGCACGGCUCCAACACGGCCACAAUUGCCACGAUAGACGGCGGAAACCCGCCACUUCCGGCCACCCUGCUCCACCCGCCCGCCUCGCCCACCAACGUCGGCUGCUGCGCGAUAAGCCGCCGAAUUCCCCCGCGGCCGCCGUCGGAGAUUUACUUCGAGAGCCGCGGCAAGUGCUGCAAGAAGCUGCUCCGAUACAACGGAUAUCCGAACAAGGUCCUGCUGUACCCGGAGGAGGGCUGGGCCCGCAGUGCCGCAUCCAGCUACUGGACCAUCUCGCCGUGCCGGUGGCGACGGAACCGAUGCAUCGUCGAGGAGGUGGCCGGUUCUAGAAAACAAUCAACCCAGGGUCGAAUGAUCGUCGUUGGUGACGGUGCUCUGCUGAUAGUGGGAACUUUCAAGCGACGCGUUCCCGAUCCUGACUUUAAGCUGUACCUGUCCUCAAACAUCACGCUGGCGGACUACAACAUGGGCUACUGCCUGACGGGGACACUCGAGCGGGGUGACCAGCACGCGAACCAGUUCCAGACGACCCACUUUGCCGUUAUUCGGCGCUGCUGGCCGGCCUCAAACGACGGCCACGACUCCCAAACCCACAAAACCCAACAUACGUACAUUGACUUUCUGUUCAACCGAUGAUAGGAGGCGGAGGAGGAAGAGCAGGAAUUGAACGCCGGUUAAACUUUAUUUAAAAAAAAAAGCGGGAAAAGAGGAGUAAAAAAUUAUACGUAAGUGAAAUUUAAGCAGAAAAAAAAAGAAUCGGUGUUAAAAAAUCACUCUUAAUUUCAACGGAAGCAUAAAUUUUGAUGACCGUGUUUUAAUCAUUCAUGUCCGAGCCGAGGAGAGCGAAAAAAAAAUCGAAGCACUCAAAAAAGUAAUAUAAAUCAAAAGGGUAAAAUAAAUGCUCUCGUGCGGGAUUGGAAAUCGAUCUCAAAUGGUCGAUUGGCACAAUAAACCAACGCAAACGAAGAGGGAAAUGGCAAAUCUUUUUUUUAAAUAUUUAACAACGUAGGCGACUCGAAAAAAUCAAAAUGAAGCGUUUGUAGCAGGUACAGGAAUGGAAUCAAAAAUUAACCAAAAAAAAGGUGAAAGAGAGAUAUUUUUGUAAUUUGUAUCGUUUUGUACAUAGCACAGAGGACAUCCAGUUUUAAAUGUCAUGACAAAUAAAGAAAUGAAGAAAAAAACAAGCUAAAAUGCGCUAGUGUUAAAAUUUGUGGGCUUAACAAUCAAAUCAAAUUUGUAUCAUCACAAACAGCACGAUCAUCCAUCACAAGUUUACUAAGUUGCGUCAACAAGUCAGGAUUGAAAUAUCACUUGUUGGAAAAAUGGAUGAAAUUUCAACCCUGAUCUUUAAAGGAUAAAUGUCGUGCCUUCAUUUGGGGUGCCGUUAGAACAGACACAGAGCAACUAAAUUUAGACAUCGCUUUCCAAUGUUCUGAUUCGCCCCAGUUGACGGUUGACGGUAUUUUCGUUA